AGAGAUUGUCACUGAUGCGGACUCUUCCUUGGCAGGUUUGAUAACUAUUCUGCCAAUGUCAUGGUAGAUGGAAAGCCAGUGAACCUCGGCCUCUGGGAUACAGCAGGGCAAGAGGAUUAUGACCGACUGCGGCCUCUUUCCUAUCCGCAGACGGAUGUUUUCUUGAUCUGCUUCUCCCUUGUGAGUCCAGCCUCCUUUGAGAAUGUUAGAGCCAAGUGGUACCCUGAGGUCCGACACCAUUGCCCAAAUACACCUAUCAUCCUGGUGGGCACCAAGCUGGACUUGAGGGAUGAUAAGGACACCAUUGAAAGGUUACGUGAUAAGAAACUGGCCCCCAUCACCUACCCCCAAGGUUUGGCAAUGGCUCGGGAGAUCGGGUCGGUAAAGUACCUCGAGUGCUCUGCCCUGACACAGCGGGGCUUGAAGACGGUGUUUGAUGAAGCCAUCCGGGCUGUGCUCUGCCCACCGCCUGUGAAGAAGCCCGGCAAAAAGUGCACCGUGUUUUGAGGGCUGUGGCCUAGGUGCUGGCUCAGCAUGUUGUCAUCCUCCGACAGAUUGCAUAUUAGCUGGGUGUUUCCGGAGGGGGCUGGGAUGCGUAGGGCCCUUCAUCGUGUACGAAGUCAGUGUUUUUUAAAUGUCUCUUUGAUUUAACGUCAGUGUUGAUGUGAAGGGGCAGUGGGGGCAGGAGACUAGCUGGGGGCUGUACAGCCCCCAGGGGAGGUACAACAGGGAAGGCAAGGUCGCUCCUUGGGGCAACAGGCUGUUUUGGCUCUCCUGAACUCCAAGCUGAAAGGGCCGAGACAUCCAUCCUGUCCUGGAAGCACCUGGUUUCAACCUGCAGGUGAAACCGGUGAAGAUCCUUGUGGGAGUGGGGAGGGAGCUGAUAUGGAUGGUGCUGAAUAACAAGAGCAGCAGGGAGAGGGAUAGGGUCUCUUUGCCCAGCCUACCGUGGCUAAUAGUUAACUGGUGCUCUAGCAGGUACGUGCCUAAGACUGUUAAAAGAAAUCAAAACCAGCCCCAGAAGGGGUCAAAGUAAAUGAGAUAUGAAGCUGAAGAACUAAUCAUUAGGUGCUUUAUUGGGUACUA